AUGACAAACCCAGCCAAAGAGUGCGAAAUUCUCAAGUUCAGUCUAAAGCAACAAGGCACCCAGUUCCUAUAUAUAUAUUAUCAAGAUGUUCAGAACACCCAGAACGUCAUAUUAUUAGUAACCUCGGUUCCACAUCACAGCCUUCCCAUUGCCUCUGAUAUGCGUGGCUCGGCCAAUACCGGACCGAAUAGGCUGUCUGGACGAAUCACAGCGAUGAUUGAUUGCCCACCGCCAAGAAAUAUCGGGCCGGAGCCCACCCAGUGCCAAGCCCUCGCCUUAGGUAUGCUCAUUUGGGGGGCGAGGUGA